UCGAAACACUUACACAAGUCAAAGUGACAAAUUUAAUAAAAUUUCCACUGCCUAAUACUGGUGGUGCUUAUAAUAAUCAAGAGGCUUUUAGUCUGGCUAAUAAUAAUUUUUUUAAUCCCUCUCAUCAUGUUCAACCUAUAGGAGCGCGAUAAUGAGAAAAAGCACGAUUACUUCAACAGCUUUGUAUCUGUAUUAGUUUACCAAAAAUUAAGUACAAAAUAAACAUUUACAAUUGCAACACCUGCCAGUCGAAAUUUGACCGUCAGACCUCAAGCAUGGCAACGAGUGCGGCGAGCAGCUGUGAAAAGCUUGUGCGGAUACCUCCCGAGCAGUGGACUGCACUGCGCGAUGUUUACCGCCAGAAUUGGCCACAAAAUGCCUAUAGCUACUACGCUUUGGAAAAUUAUAUCAACUGGUCACGCAAAGACCCAGAAUUGUGUGAAAGGGAAUUUCGUAUAUGGAGUAUUGAUGAAAAGUGGCGGGAGCAUGGAAUCUACAUUUUGGAAGAUAAAACGUUUAUCUCACACGUCGUCAGAGUAGACGCCUGCGCUCUGGAGCAUAUCGCGCGUUAUGAGUCAGCGUUGAACCACUUGAAGUCCAUUCCGUAUACUGAACUUAUUUUUCGUGAAAAAACAUCUUCAGCUGUUAAAAAGUAUAUUGCACAAUUAGGCUAUGAACCGCCGCUAGCGCAAUGCUACCCAGCAAGGCUGUAUCACCUGCGCAAGGAAGAUUGUCUAAAACUUGAAGUGAGAGCUCGCUCGGAUUUCAUUAUUAAACCACUCGCGUUGACUGACGCCACAGAAGUUGAUGACUUUUGGGCGUACAAAGCACCCGGCUCGCGCUACAUCGUGGAACGCAAUAUAAAAUACAACGCCUCCUUAGGUGCCUAUCAUCCCGAAAGCGAUGUACUGUGCGCUUGGGUGUUGUACAGCGAAUUGGGCACCAUAGCCUGUUUGUAUGUGAAAAGUGAGUAUCGGCGACGCGGCCUGGCUGAGUUUUUAGUGAAGCAAAUAUGUCGCAUGCUGACCGCAAAAAAUUGUGAUGCUACCGCUCAUAUCGAGGACACAAAUAAUGCAUCGAGAAGACUCUUUACAAAGUUGGGUUUUCAAUCAGUUGAGUUCAACUACUGGUUUAUAAAAGCGGAUUUUGUAAGCUUAAAGAAGGGCGGCGAGCAUGUGGAACGUUUGACUGAACAGGCUAUGAAACAUGGCUGACAAGUAAGGGGAAUAUCAUGGAAAGGGUAAAAUAAUUAAAAUAACAUCUACGUUCUUAGAAAAGCAUUAUUAGACAAUUAAGUUUUAGUUCAAAAAGAGACAAAUGAGAAAUAUAUAUUAAAAGCACAAAAAGCUGCGAAUUAUUAUGGCGGAGGAAGGCAUAAAAUAAAAAACAAUUUUCCAAUGUUCCAUAAGAUAUUUAUUUUUU